GAUCCGGGCCACAGUGGCCGCUCUCCUUCCCCCGUAAGCCGGGCUGGAAGGGCAGGUAUAGGCAGCCUGUGCAUAGCUGGCAUUCCUGCGUCUCAGACUCCUUCGAGGGCCUUCCUAGCUGGAGCCAUAGACCGCAACGUGCUCCUUUAGUCGCCCGGGUUUCCGCUAUACUUUUUUUUUUGGGGGGGGGGGGCGCACGUGGCUCCUCAGAGCGCCUGCCUCCCAGCCUUUGAGUUUUUAGAAAGGGCAGGUGGGAGGAGGCGGAUCAGCUGAUGAUUUUUGGCCUGGGUUUGCAGGGCCAUCCCAAGCUCUCUCCGAUGUACACCGAAGUCAGUGGGAGUCCGAAGGCCUGACUCUGCUGAACCCGUGGCAGACUGCAAGCAUUUGUGCACGAGAUGGAUGCACUGCAGCGGGCUGGAAGCCAGGAAUGUGCAUGCCACGAGAAAGCCUUCUUUAAGGGUGUAGAAUGCUUGUUCCAGUGAGACUAGGCCUGCCUCCAUGACCUUUGCCACCAUCAUGCUGUGUCACUGGAGGGGAAGGCUGAAAGUGUUGCUUAUUCCUCUGAUGCUGGUAUUCCUCAUCUCAUGGCUGUGUUUCCUUUUGGGCAAUCUGGAAUAUGGGUCUUCCCUCCUGUCCUCCCCUUGCUUUGGGGAACAGCCAAAGCGGUAUCUUGACCAUGAGGCUUUGGUGUCUCAGGUGAGGAAAGUUGAAGAGGAAAACCAGCUCUUGCGGCUGCAACUCAUCCAGUCUCAGGCUCAAGAAGGAACUGACAGCGACCAGCAGGUGUCAUCUUUUGUAAAAGACCAGGAUGUUCUUGGUGACAAAAGGAGCAACCGCACUGGCUGUCCCAAGCAGAGGGUGGUCCAAAAGUGUGAGCUCAUCCAUGUUGCAAUUGUGUGUGCUGGAUACAAUGCAAGUCGAGAUGUAGUCACCUUGGUGAAAUCCAUCCUCUUCCACAGGAAGAACCCUCUCCACUUCCAUCUCAUUACUGACCUUGUGGCGCAGCAGAUCCUUCGGACCCUGUUCCAGUCCUGGAUGGUGCCCUCUGUUCAUGUUAGCUUCUACAAUGCUGAUGAUUUGAAGUCAGAAGUGUCCUGGAUCCCUAACAAACACUACUCAGGGAUUUAUGGGCUGAUGAAGCUGACUCUCACCAAGGCACUACCCUCCAACCUCUCCAAGGUCAUUGUCUUGGACACAGAUAUCACCUUUGCAACUGACAUUGCUGAAUUGUGGGCUGUGUUGGGGAAGUUCUCAGACAAACAGAUGAUUGGGCUGGUGGAAAACCAAAGUGAUUGGUACCUUGGAAAUCUCUGGAAGAAUCAUAAACCAUGGCCAGCAUUGGGACGUGGCUUUAACACGGGAGUGAUCCUCUUGCUGCUGGACCGCCUGCGCCGAAUUGGCUGGGAACAGAUGUGGCGCCUCACAGCAGAACGGGAACUCAUGAGCAUGCUGUCUACCUCUCUGGCAGAUCAGGACAUCUUUAAUGCAGUGAUUAAGCAGAGCCCGACACUUGUGUAUCAGCUCCCUUGCUUUUGGAAUGUGCAGCUCUCUGACCAUACCCGCUCAGAACAGUGCUACACAGAGGUGUCUGAUCUCAAGGUGAUUCACUGGAACUCUCCCAAGAAGUUGAGGGUGAAAAAUAAGCAUGUGGAGUUCUUUCGGAACCUUUACCUAACCUUUCUGGAAUAUGAUGGCAACUUGCUGCGCAGAGAACUCUUUGGCUGUGCCAAUCUGCCUAGUUUGUCCAGCGGCCAGCUCCAGCAGGCCCUGGAAGAGCUGGAUGAAGAUGAUCCUUGCUAUGACUUUCGGAGGCAGAGCCUUAUCCAGCACCGCGUGCACCUCUUCUUUCUCCAGUAUGAGUUCCCAGCCUUGACUGAUGCAGCUGAUGUAACCCUUGUAGCUCAGCUGUCUAUGGACAGGUUACAGAUGUUGGAGGCCAUUUGCAAACACUGGAUUGGCCCUAUCAGCCUGGCAUUGUACAUGUCUGAUGCGGAGGCCCAGCAAUUCCUGCGCUAUGCCCAGGCCUCAGAGGUGCUGAGUAGCCGCAGAAAUGUUGCCUAUCACAUUGUGUACAAGGAAGGGCAGUUUUACCCAGUCAACUUCUUGCGCAACAUAGCAUUGAAGAAUGCCCAGACUCCUUAUGUCUUCCUGACAGACAUUGACUUCCUGCCUAUGUAUGGCCUCUAUGAUUACCUCAGGACCUCCAUCUUGCAACUGGAGCUGCCCCAGAGGAAGGCAGCCCUAAUUGUGCCUGCAUUUGAAACUCUACACUAUCGCCUCACCUUCCCCAAAUCCAAAGCGGAGCUGCUCUCCAUGCUGGACAUGGGCUCCCUCUAUACCUUCAGGUACCAUGUGUGGCCACAGGGCCAUGCCCCAACAGACUAUGCCAAGUGGCGAACAGCCACAGUGCCAUAUCAUGUAGAGUGGCAGCCACACUUUGAGCCUUACGUUGUAGUAAGGCGUGACUGCCCUUUGUAUGACCAGAGAUUUGUUGGCUUCGGCUGGAACAAAGUGUCCCAUGUGAUGGAACUUGAUGUCCAGGAGUACGAGUUUCUGGUGCUUCCUAAUGCCUUCAUCAUCCACAUGCCUCAUGCCCCCAGCUUUGAGAUCUCCAAAUUCCGACUGAGCUCCAGCUACCGGGAAUGUCUGGAAACUCUGAGGGAAGAGUUCCAUCAGGACCUGUCACGAAAGUAUGGUGCUGCUGCACUGAAAUACCUCACUGCUGAGAGGAAUCUAUGAGUGAUGCCCAGAACCCUUGACUUUUUUGUAUAAGGCACUGUCAGUGGCCAACUGAAGAGAAAGGUAUUGUUUCUGGGAUACAUUCAAAGUCCAUCUUUUGCUGAUAGCUUGGUGGUACACUCUCUCUGGGCAAUGGGUAUGUGACAUGCAGAAUCUGUCAUGAACUAAUUUAAAUUCUGUUCCCAGACAAAAUUGGGUAAAAAAUAUACAUUCCUAGUCAUCUGUUUCAUUACAUAUUGUCAGUUCCAAGUAAGGUUUUGUAAGAAUUCAAGGUUCUUUCUUUGUUGGGGGGGGGUUGGAGAGAGGAAAAGGCUUUGCAAGAAACAAAGAAUGGGAGAGUGGGAAAGCAGCACACGUAGCUUCGUAGCAGGACUUGGAUCCCCACCUGGAAAUCAAUUAAACCUCCUGUCCUCAGAAUACCAUCUCCUAAUCCAGUGAUUGCGAACCUAUGGCGCGGGUGCCAGAGGUGGCACUUGGAGCCCUCUCUGUGGGCAUGCACACACAGAGUUUGUCAUGUGGGGGUGGAAAAUCACCCCCCCCCCCCCCACACACACACACAUAUAUCUAGG